CCCUUUCCGGUGACUGGCGGGAUCCGGAAGCGUAGUGCCGGCACUGUAUAGCGGGCUUGGGUAGCUGUCCCCCGGGCCUUCUCGGCCUUUCCCGACUCGGAUUGGGCAAGCCAUUCUCUCUUCCUUUUCUCGGGAGCAGGAGCCGAUGCCGCGAACCCAGGCGGGGUCUCCGGAACGCGCUCCCUGGAGCCCCGGUGGCCGGGCCGGGUCAUGAGCCUCUUGAGCGGCUUCGCCUCCUCUCCUCUGUCCCCGCUGCAGGCGAGCAAGCCCAGGAUGAAAAAGCCCCCAAAGAAGAGCCAAAACGAAAAGUACCGGCUGAAGUAUCUCCGGCUGCGGAAGGCAGCCAAGGCCACGGUGUUUGAAAAUGCAGCUAUUUGUGAUGAAAUUGCCCGCCUUGAGGAAAAGUUUAUCAAAGCAAAAGAAGAAAGGAGGUACCUCCUGAAAAAGCUACUUCAGCUACAAACUCUUACUGAAGGAGACACCCAGACUGUAACAACCACCCACAGUUCUAACCUGCCUUUGAGUUAUGGUGUGGCCACCUCUGUGGGUCCCAUUCAAGGAGCCGGAUCUGUUCCUGUAUCCAGCUCUGUGGUUGAAGAACCAUUUGGGAAGAAAGCUAAGAAGGAGAAAAAGGAAAAAGGAAAAGAAAACAACAAAGUGGAAGUUCUGAAGAAAGCAUCCAAGAAAAAGAAAAUGGAGGGAGGUGCUCGCAAGCUGGUUCAGCCCAUUGCCCUGGAUCCCUCAGGACGGCCUGUGUUUCCCAUCGGACUAGGGGGUCUAACAGUUUAUAGCCUAGGGGAGAUCAUCACUGAUCGGCCUGGCUUCCAUGAUGAGGGCGCUAUCUACCCUGUGGGUUUCUGCAGUACCCGAGUAUAUGCCAGCAUGAAGUACCCAGACCAGAAGUGUUUGUACACCUGUCAAAUCAAGGAUGGUGGUAUGCAGCCCCAGUUUGAGAUUGUGCCUGAGGAUGACCCUGAGAAUGUCAUUGUGGGCUCUUCUGCAAAUGUCUGUCAUGCUGAACUGCUCAAGAUCAUCAGUGCAGCUCGGGGGAAGCUACUUCCCAGUGUGCUUCCAUCUGGAGCUGAUUUCUUUGGCUUUUCUCAUCCAACCAUUCACAACCUGAUCCAGAGUUGUCCAGGAGCUCGGAAAUGUGUCAAUUACCAGUGGGUGAAGUUUGAUGUUUGUAAAACUGGGGAUGGUCAGGUCCCCCAGGGGCUGCCAGACAAUGAUGCAACUAUGAGCUUUGAGGCCUUUCAGAGACAGGCCUUUGAAGAAGAUCACAAUGAUCCCAUUCUACCAGGCUCUCUGGAUCUCGCAGGGCUCCAGUCUGCAUCAUUUGUGUCAUCCUAUCAUCAGCCCAUGUUCCUGACACAUGAGCCCCUGCCAGCCACUCACCUGCAGCACAUUAAGUCUCCAGCCCAGUGCAGUCCAGCCCACUCCUCAGACUGAACAAGGCAACAGAGAAUACACCGUGGUUAUCAUUGUGAAAUUUUUAACUUAAGAUAAAACUUAGAACAUAUGAAAGUAGCAGAAACCAGCCUCGGUGAUGGAAGCAUUGACAUCCUUUAUCAUUUUAUCACAGAAGAUCUCUUGGUAAAGACUGGCUGUUUUUAUCUUUUGUAAUAAACUUUUCUUGUCA